CGGCGCGGCUGGGGCGUCCUGGCGCACCUGGCGGCCGUGGGCCUGACGGGUUUCCUGCUGCUGCUCUCCAGGCCUGGCACGAGUUUAUUUUCCUGGCACCCUGUGUUCAUGUCAAUAGCAUUCUGCCUCUGCCUGAUGGAAGGCAUCCUGAUCUUCUCACCCGAGGGCUCCCUCUUCUGCUCCUGCUCCCACAAAGUGAAAGUGCGAUUGCGCUGGACUGCACAGACGCUGGCGCUUGUGGCUGCAACCCUGGGUUUGGCCUUCAUUGUCUCCAGCAAGAACCGGAGUGAGCUUCCACAUUUCACCUCCUGGCACAGUGUUCUGGGUCUCCUGACACUUUUGGCAACUUGUGGGCAGGUCUUGUGCGGACUUUGCCUGCGCUUUCCACAGCUGCUGAGGAUUUCGUCUGUGUCUCGGCUCCGACUGUACCACACUGCGUAUGGACUGAUUGUUUACCUGUUAGCCACCUUCACUGUGGUACUGGGAAUUUAUUCUGACUGGUUUCAGGCCCAGAUUAAAGGGGUGGUUUGGUAUUUCUGCCUGGGUUUGCCCUUCUGUCCAGCCUUAGCUAUUGUGAACCAGAUUACUAGAACUCGUUUGCCGAAGAAGAGACAACACGUUUGAACUUUGGUCCCAUUGGGAUCCUCAGGAAUCAACAUUUCAUCUUUGUUGUUUGUUCUCUUUAUCCCCCCCUUUUUUGGGGGGGUCUUUA